GACUUGUCCCACCCACGGCGGCUGAGUAGGCAGCAUCGCAGCGAGGCUGGCGGUUUGAGAGGGCCAUCCUAUAUAAUGAGCUAUCCAUCCAGCCAGCCUGAUCGAUGAGGCGACCUACCUCGCUCAGCUGGCUUGGCUAUUCCUUGUGCGAAUCUCCCGAGCAUCCACAAGAGACACCCAACUCCGCAGUUGAAGCUCUUUGCCCCGAUCGGAGAAUGCGGAUCUUCGAGGAAUGCGGUGAGUUUCGUCUGUUUCAGGGACAUCGUGGCUGGAGAUGACUCGUGCUAACCCCGCAGGAUCAGAGACGGAUGACUGGGUUGAAAGUCAAGGGCCACUGGAAGCAUUGGAUGUGACGAACCCCCGCUUUUCCACUGUAAUCUUCACCACAACAUCAUCCCUCAAUUAUCCCCAUCGUCUCGCCCUCUUCCCCCCGCGCUUCCACCCCAUCAUCACUGCCGAUCUCAACGGCUCCUUUGACUGCGAGGAUAUCCCCGACGAGACGGGCCAAUUCAUCCACCACAUAUCUUGGAGCACCUUCAAGAUCAAACACGUCCGGGACCCCCACGACUACGACUGGACGCAAGCCACCUGCUACAUCCACUGGAACCCUCCCACCGGCACCCAAACGGUCUUCAUCAUCGAUCUCCCCACCAAGGAUCCCCGCGCAUUCCUCCACGCCAUCCCCGCCCGUCUCCGCCGCCACGAUCCGUACGCCUGGCACGCCGCGUUUGGCGCCGCGCUGAUCCCGGUCUACGAUCAGUCGAUCUGGCUGUUACGCAAUAUAGUGAGAACGCAUGAGAUGGGACGAGUCGACCCCACCCUGUUCGCCCCGGACUUUUUUCCCCAACUGCACGACAUUGAGCGGCAUAUCUUUCACGCGGAUGAAACCCUCGAGGUGGCACAGCAUACGUUGGAAAGUCUGGUGAGGGAGCAGAUUCGGUCGGCGAGGUUGUAUGCUGCUGCUGCGGCGGCGGCGGUGACACCAAACACAUCCAGUACAAGUACAGGUCCACCAGUCACGGCGGGAUUUCCCCAUCAUCACCAUCACAACAACAACAACACCAGAAAUGACAGAAAUAACACCACCACAGCCCCCAUCAACCAACUCUCCACCCUCCAGACGGAACGCGCCCUCCGCGCCGUCGCCAAACAGCUGCAUGCCCUGCACACCCGCGGCCGCUCGCUGCGGGAUCGUCUGCACAACGAGAUUAAUCUCGCCUUCAAUAUAGUCUCCCAGCGCUUCGGACACGACACCCGUUCCGACUCCGCGAUGAUGACCACCAUCGCGGUCGUGAGUAUGAUCUAUCUGCCGGGCACGUUCGUUUCGGGCCUCUUCGGGACCAACUUCUUCAACUUCACCGACGGCGAUGCGCACACCUGGUUCAUGGCCGACUCGUUCUGGCUCUACUGGGCCGUCACCAUCCCCCUGACCCUGGCCACCAUGGCCGUCUGGGCCUGGUGGCACUAUCUAGCCCCGGCCAACCGACAAAGUAGGGGUCCUCCGAUGAAGCCUAGAGUCAAGACCGAGAAGGUCUGACGACUGCCUGCCUCCGAGCUCGGUGGCUAGGGGAGAAUGGAGUGGACAUACGCAGGGGUGAUUGGGAAAGGGUCAUGAUUAUAAUGGGA